AAAAUGUCCACUAGAGGUGCACAAUAGGUCCACACGAGGUCGCCAUAAAUUGAAGUAAUUCGUUGAUAAUUGAAAUGCAUUAAUACAACAACAGUGUGGUCGUAUUGUUUCAUCGUUGUGGCCGGCUUCAGAAUAUUUAAUGGCCAAACGCGUGUCUUAAAAUGGCUCCAAGAGACCAUGCCACAGCCCAAAGUCAAGUUGGUUGUGACGGGAGAUGAUUUUGGGUAUUGUCCGAAGAGGAACCAGGGUAUAGUGGAUUGUUUCCAAGCUGGGGGCAUUUCCAAUGUGUCAUUAUUGGUUAACGCCUCCGCGGCGGAAGAAGCCGGAGUUCUGGCCAAAAGACACCACAUUCCCAUCGGUCUCCACGCCAACCUCUCCGAAGGACUGCCAGUUUGCCAGAGUCUCGAGCAGAAAUCCUCCACCCUUCUGAACCAGGAUGGCUUUUUCCUUGGGAAGAUGGGUUUCCGCAAAGCACUACAGAAUGGCCAGCUGAACAUGGCAGAGGUGGAGCUGGAACUCAGGGCUCAGGUGAGGCUGUUCGAGGAGCUGAUUGGUCACCUGCCGUGUCACAUGGAUGGCCACCAGCAUGUGCAUGUUCUGCCAGAGGUCCGGGAGGUGUUUGCCCAGGUGCUGUCUGAUUUGGGGAUCCUGUACACACGUGUUCCUGUGGAGGCAGGCCUGCAGGCGUGUUCCUGGCUGAGCGCACCUCUCCAGGACUUCUACAGUCAGGUUGAGAAAGAUGCGCUGGAGGCUGCUCCCGUGUUCCGUCGCCACGGCAUCAGGUGGCCUGACGUGUACCUGGGUCUCACCACCAUGGGCCAGAACAUGUCCCUCCCCAACCUCAAACGGGCCCUGGGCUACGCCAUGGAGGGGCGUCUCUCACCCCCUGGAGGACAUGGGGGCGUGGCCUCCUCCCUCUCCUCUGCGGCCCAGCAGGCCCCGUUGACAGCUGAACUCAUGGUGCAUCCUGGGUACCCCAGUCACCCCCAGGAGGGAGGCUGUGGGCAGGGCCCCGACGACUUCUCCUGCUCGGCUGAGCGGCAGCUGGAGCUGAGCGCCCUGACCCAGCCCCUGCUUCUGGACUUCUACUCCCAGGAGAGGAUCCAGCUGUGUGCCUUCAAGGACUUGUGACCUCCCACAGCCCCACACCUGGCCUCCAGCCCCACUCGCCUCUCUGCACCAAACUGGAUUCCGUCCCCUGAUGAUGUUUAUGGGGGUAUCAGUUGUGUAAUCAGGAAGGAGUAAGUUAGGCCCAGUAGGAUAGCACUAGUUCCACUCUAGCCUUCCCCAGUGCUCAGGAACUAGGGAUUGGGUUGAGGGAUUGACACAUUUACCUGAGCUAAUCUCUUUAGGCCCCUGGGAUUAAAUAGAUUAAGGCAGAUUGGACUCUGCCUGCAGGCUCAUUUUGAGCACAGCACCAUGUUCCUGUGAGCCCACAGGCUGCCCACACUGGUCACAUAGCACAAGGUCUGAAUCUCUGGGCUUUAUUUCCUGCAUCUUGAAAUAAUCUCAUCCCCUCAGCACCACCAUACAUUCCUUCACCAGCAUGAAGGAAAGUCAAAUGACAGGAAUCUAGACAGCAUUACCUUUCUGAGAUCAGUGAUGUCAAAUCAAGGGAUAAAGCCAGUGGCGGUUUAUUUGAAUUUGACCUACACUACAAUGUCAUGUGUCGCUCAAAGAAGUAAGGAAACAGUUUGACAAUGGAUAACAGGGCGACCCUAGCCAUGACAAUAAGUUCAUCACUAAAUCUUUAGUGUUUUUAAGGCACAAUUUAAGGCAACAGUUGUUUCAUCUCAGGUGAGUACAAAUGAGCACCAAACAACCAAACAAAACCUCAGUUAGCACAUCUUGAUGUCAUCCAGAAGUUCAACUGCCAAAGUUACACAUUCUGGUUAUAACUUAUAUUCUAACCCUAAUUUUAACAUGACGUCCUAUGUGUUUACAACCAUGCAUUAACACUGAUUUUAAUAAUUCUUAUAUUUUAUAAAAUAUUGUGUGACAGGAGUAUUUAUAGAAUAUCAGUUGUAGCCAUUUGUUUGUUGUAGCCGAGUUUGUAUUAAAUGCAAAACUGGAAGAACUUAUAAUGUUAAUAAAUGUUACAAGUCGAAAGCCUCAAUUAUUUUUCUAAUGUAAUAUGUAAAACAUGUUCAGAAGGCAUUGUUAUUUAAGGAUUCACAAUACAAACCUAAUGGAUGUUGGGUGAAGUCCACUCAACACUACACUGCCACUACCCAGCGAACUACCAGCCAAACAACUACAGUUUACUCUACAAAGGUAUCAGAAAAUGUUUAUGAGCCAAACAGACCUGAUAACAGCUUCUGACAAAGGCAUGAAGGAGAAGCCUUGGACAGAUAAGCAGCAGUAAUGAUGACUCAGGCUAACCGUGUCCAGGCUGUGUCCAGGCUGUGUCCAGGCUGUGUCCAGGCUGUGUCCAGGCUGUGUCCAGGCUGUGUCCAGGCUGUGUCCAGGCUGUGUCCAGGCUGUGUCCAGGCUGUGUGGCAUGUUUAAUGUUGCCCCACCUAGUGGUGGACUUUUACAUCAAAAACGUGAGGCAGCAUGUCAUCUUACAGCAGUGGUCUACAACCCCGCUGUCCUGAAUGUUUGAGACAUUUCCCUCCUCCAACAAACCUGAUUCAAAUGAAUGGGUGGUUAUCCAGUUCUGCAGAAGCCUGAUAAUGACCCCUUUAUUUGAAUCAAGUGUGUUGGAAGAGGGAAAGAUCUAACAUGCAGAACAGUGGGCCUUUAGGACCAGGGUAGAAGACCAUGUGAUCGAAGAUGACUUCAUUACAUCUUUGCUAAGAUUGGGGGACAUCAUUGAGAACCAAACCGCACCUCUCUCAAGCUACAUCUUCCGUUACAUGUGUGUAUGAUAUAAACACAUACUUGCUGUGUUUGAA